CAGCCAACGGACACACGACGCCACCGUACGUGACCAAGUUCGGCAGAGUCAGCAAACCAGUAGUCCGAUUUUGUAGUUAAUUGUUCAUCAUUAUACGCAAAUCAUUGACACCAAUCAGUCACCUGUUAACCAAGCUCGCAAUCUAUCAACAUGGGAGGAUAUUCAUCGAAGGACGAAAUAGUCGUCUCACAGGCCCAAUCAACGGCCAGUGGAGGGUCGGCCUCAACAGUUUCUGAGGUAACAAGGACCGAACUACUAAUGGGAUCCAUCUGCCUCAUAUUCUUCAUCUUGGCGGCGUGUUACAUAUUCAAGAAAUGCAUAGCCCGAGGACGGAGGGCCAUGGCCAAAGAACUUGGAAGGUUGGCUGUGGCAAACGGCAUCCCGAUGACACCGGCGGCGCCGGCUACGGCGACACCGGCGGUGAUAUCGUUGCCCUCGCAGGGGCAAGCCCAAGUGAACCCCGCGUUUAUACCCUGACUGUGAAGUGAGUGAUUUAAAAACGUUACAGUGAAACAGUGUAGUGAAAAUUGUAAAAUUGUAAAUGUGCGUGAAAACUCAUAACCAUUUUAUUUAAUUACCAAAUUAAAUAUCAAUCUUGUAUGUUGUAACCAUUUUGUUUAUGUA